GCAGCAGCAACUCCUAUCACCACCCAUCUCCUUUAGUUGCAUUUUUCUCUUCUUUCUUUGUGUUCAUAGCUUUUGUAAUAAUAGUCUUAUACUUCUCUUAAGACUCAAUAAGAGGAGGUACUAUCACUACUACUACAUUCACUUAUACUUUCAAUAUUAUCAGCUGGUUUCAAAUUCAAAAAUAAACUUUACAAUAAUAAUAAUAAUAAUGAUGGGUGAAACUGCUGCCGCCAAGAACCACCAUCACGGCCACCAAGUCUUUGACGUGGCAGUCACUCAACAACCUGCUUUCAAAUGCUUCGACGAUGAUGGCCGUCUCAAAAGAACCGGGACUGUUUGGACAGCAAGCGCUCAUAUAAUUACAGCAGUGAUCGGAUCAGGCGUUCUCUCGUUGGCAUGGGCCAUUGCACAGCUCGGAUGGAUCGCUGGACCUACGGUGAUGCUAUUGUUCUCUUUUGUUACUCUCUUCUCUUCGUCACUUCUCAGCGACUGCUACAGAACCGGAGAUUCAGUCUCUGGAAAGAGAAACUACACUUACAUGGACGCAGUUCGAUCCAUUCUCGGUGGGUUCAAGUUCAAGAUUUGUGGGCUGAUUCAAUACUUGAAUCUGUUUGGUGUCGCAAUAGGUUACACAAUCGCAGCAUCUAUAAGCAUGAUGGCGAUUAAGAGAUCGAACUGUUUCCACAAGAGUGGAGGAAAAGACCCGUGUCACAUGUCUAGCAACCCUUACAUGAUUAUAUUUGGUGUGACAGAGAUUUUGCUCUCUCAGGUUCCUGACUUUGACCAGAUUUGGUGGAUCUCUAUUGUAGCAGCUGUCAUGUCCUUUACUUACUCUGCCAUUGGUCUAGCUCUCGGCAUUGUUCAAGUUGCUGCAAAUGGAGUAUUCAAAGGAAGCCUAACAGGAAUAAGCAUAGGAGCAGUGACUCAAACACAGAAGAUAUGGAGAACUUUUCAAGCACUUGGUGACAUUGCCUUUGCUUACUCCUACUCUGUUGUCCUUAUAGAGAUUCAGGACACUGUAAGAUCCCCACCAUCAGAAACAAAAACGAUGAAGAAAGCUACAAAGAUCAGCAUUGCAGUCACCACAAUCUUCUACAUGCUAUGUGGCUCAAUGGGUUACGCAGCCUUUGGAGAUGCAGCACCAGGAAACCUCCUCACCGGUUUCGGAUUCUACAACCCGUUUUGGCUCAUCGACAUAGCCAACGCCGCCAUCGUCAUCCACCUCAUAGGAGCAUACCAAGUCUUCUCUCAGCCCAUCUUCUCCUUCGCUGAAAAAUCAGUCUCAGAGAGGUUUCCUGACAAUGACUUGCUCACCAAGGAACUAGAAUUCAAAAUCCCAGGGUUUAGGUCUCCAUACAAAACAAACGUUUUCAGGGUAGUUUUCAGGUGUUGUUUCGUCGUUCUAACCACAGUGAUAUCGAUGCUUAUGCCGUUCUUUAACGACGUGGUUGGGAUCUUGGGAGCCUUAGGGUUUUGGCCAUUGACGGUUUAUUUUCCUGUGGAGAUGUAUAUUAAGCAGAGGAAGGUGGAGAAAUGGAGCACGAGGUGGGUUUGUUUGCAGAUGCUUAGUGUUUCUUGUCUAGUGAUCUCGGUGGUCGCCGGAGUUGGAUCAAUCGCCGGAGUGAUGCUUGAUCUUAAAGUCUACAAGCCUUUCCAGUCUACGUACUGAUGAUUGAUAAUUGAUGAUGAAAAAGGACCAAUGAACACAAGAAAAUUUGGUGUAUAAAGCUUAUUGUUUAUGUUAAGCAUUUGAAAGAAGGAAUUGAAAAAUGUGUAUAAUGUAAGUUUCCAUUUGAUGUAUCGUAUCAUCUUUGUAAUAAAGUUAUCAACUAUGUUUUAAACCAUGCAAUU